ACCUCCUCCAGUCUCUCACGCCGCCGGCCGCCCUGCGCCCCUCACGCCGACGACCGUUUCGCCUAUAGCCUUCCCCUCCCACCGCACUCGACAGCCGCGACCCCCUUUUCUGCUGCCUCGAGGCCUUCAUCCCCACCUCGCUGCUUGGGUUCGAUCAGAAGAUCGAGAUGUCGACCAUCAGAGUUCCCAGGAACAUGCGCGCCAAGCGCGAGCUCCUCAAGCACGCGCCCAAGCUCGUUGAGAAUGGCAAGAAGAUGAUUAUUCUCCAUGGUACAAAGACCAGCGCGGUUUUGAACUCUGUGCUGGCAGAUCUUUUUCACCUGAAGCGUGAUCAUGCUGUGAAGUUCACCAAGAAGAACGACAACAUCAGGCCAUUCGAGAGUGGGGGUGAAACUUCCCUCGAGUUCUUCUCCCUUAAAUCUGACUGCAGCCUCAUAGUGUACGGUUCUCACUCAAAGAAGAGGCCUAACAACCUUGUUUUCGGAAGGACUUACGACCACCACAUAUACGACCUUGUUGAAGUGGGUGUUGAGAACUACAAAUCCAUAGAGUCCUAUGCAUAUGAUAAGAAGUUUGCACCUAAACUUGGGACAAAACCUUUCUUUGCCUUCAUUGGGGAGCACUUUGAGAGCGUUGAAGGGCUGAAGCACUUGAAGGAAAUGCUGCUUGAUCAUUUCAAAGGAGAGGUGGUAGAGAAUCUGAACCUUGCUGGUGUAGAUCGGAUAUUCGUAUGCACAGCAAUUUCUCCUACUACUGUCUACAUGAUGCACUGUGCUCUCCGUCUAAAAAGGUCUGGCACAUCUAUUCCUCGAAUGGAGCUGGUUGAAGUUGGGCCUUCAAUGGACCUGGUAGUUAGGCGGAACCGACGUGCAGCUGAUAGCUUACAGAAAGAAGCUAUGAAGGCUCCUGGUCAUGCUAAGAAGCUGAAAAAUGUCUCGAAUAAUCCGAUUGAUGGCAAGUUGGGCAGAGUCUACAUUCCAGACCAAGAGGUUUCAAAAUUGGCCUUAACAAGCGACAUAAAGGGUCUGAAGCGAGAGCGCCGUGACGCCAAGAAAAACAAGGAACACUCUAAGAAGCAAAAGGUCAACCCUGAGUGAAUAGCACAGAAGGAGGUUCUCCGUAGCUGGUCAGUUUAAGGAUUUUCAGUGUACUAGUCACAACUGCUGUAUUAAGCCUGCUGGAAACAAACUUGUUAGACUGUGAGUGGUAAUAGUCCAGUACUAUCUUCUAGGCUAUAAAACCUGUGUAUGACUUCUGCAUCAGUAUUGACUAUUGAGGCAGCUCAUAUCAGACAUAAGCAUGGAAUUUUGGAGCUA